AUGCGCAUUGUGUUUUUUAUCUUCGUUCUGACCAUCUCCAUUAUUCAAUGUGCAAUCAUUACUCAACUAGAUUCAAAUGGUCAAGGUAUUUUUACAUUGAAUAAUAUUCCAAUUUCUUUACGUGGUUCCAACUACAUACGCUUAAUUAAUGCUACUAUACAUGUAACUUUUGAGCCCAAUCUAUAUAGUCUAUGGGAUAUUGAAAGUGCUCUCAAACAAAUGUACAGCUAUGGCUAUAAUUACGUUCGCGUCUUUCUUGAUUGUCCUACUUUGUAUCAAGGAUUUAAUCUAUCAUCACCUGGUAUUCCAAUGCAUUACACACAGAAUGUCAUUGAUUUUCUUGUUAGAGCUUCGACGUAUCAAAUUGCUGUAAUGUUGACAGCGAGUUGGAAUCCGGCAAACUAUCAAUCGAUUGUCGAUUCUUAUCCUAUACCUGCAAACGUGACAGGAUCAAAUAUGAUUAUUUUUCACGCUGGGGAAGCUGCUGCGAAAGCUCAAUUUUUCCAAGAUCUCUUAAACGAAAUUCAAAAUGUCAGCUCGAUAGCAUUUCAAACUAUAUUUGCUAUUGAUAUUUUUAACGAAAUAUCAGUAUCUGUACGACAACAGCCAUUUUCUCUAACAAGUGGAAUUGUAUCAUUUGGAGGUGUCUCAUACAAUAUGUCACAAGGCAAUGAUCGGCAGCAACUCGUCGACAUCGCUAGUAAUAUCUGGUUGAAUACCGUAGCCACAGCCAUUAAGUCUAUUGCUCCGACAAUUCUCGUUUCUGCUAGUUUAUUCUCUCCGAAUGCUGUUGGACAUGAUGGUUUUGAUGGUGUGCAAACUCGUUCACCUAAUGAGGACGAUCGAUAUCCACUGAGACCAGCUAGUCUUAUAAAUAGUCUCGCUGAUUAUAUUGACUUACAUGUAUAUGCUAGUGAAAAUAUGCGAGCAGAGUUUGAGGGAGCUGCGCUGAUACCGGUCAAACCCAUAUUAUUGGGUGAAACGGGAGCAUUUAAAGACAAUCAUCCGAAUGUUUCGACUGCUGCCAUUGCUAUUCAGAAUGUAAUGAUCGAAAGUUUAAAUUAUGGAUUCGUUGGCUGGGGUACUUGGACAUGGGAUACAAUUGAACAAUUGGUUCUUUGGACAUUGACAGAAAAGAAUAAUACAAUGAAUAAUGUUUUGGCGCCCAGUGCUUGGCCCUAUGUGAAACUAAAUAAAACAUCUAUAAUAACAAGCGAGCGCUUCACAUAA